UUCCCCCUUCCCCAGAACCUUUGGUGUUGAAGAUGGUGAGUAGCCAGCCUAAGUACGAUAUAAUUCGGGAGGUUGGUCGUGGCAGUUAUGGUGUGGUGUACGAAGCAGUCGUCAGGAAGACCUCUGCACGUGUGGCCGUGAAAAAGAUCCGGUGCCACGCGCCGGAGAACGUGGAGUUAGCCCUACGGGAAUUCUGGGCACUUAGCAGUAUCAAGAGCCAACAUCCCAACGUCAUUCACCUGGAGGAGUGCAUCUUGCAGAAAGAUGGGAUGGUGCAGAAGAUGUCCCAUGGCUCCAGUUCCUCCCUUUAUUUACAGCUUGUAGAAACCUCACUAAAAGGAGAAAUAGCCUUUGACCCCAAAAGUGCUUAUUACCUCUGGUUUGUAAUGGAUUUCUGUGACGGAGGAGACAUGAACGAGUACCUCUUGUCUCGCAAGCCCAACCGUAAGACCAACACCAGUUUCAUGCUGCAGCUCAGCAGUGCGUUGGCCUUCCUGCACAAAAACCAGAUCAUUCAUCGUGAUCUCAAGCCUGACAACAUCCUGAUCUCCCAGAGCAGGAUGGAUGCCACUGACUUGGAGCCAACCCUGAAAGUCGCCGAUUUUGGGCUGAGCAAAGUGUGUUCGGCCUCAGGACUGAAUCCCGAAGAACCAGUCAAUGUGAAUAAGUGUUUUCUAUCAACUGCCUGUGGGACUGACUUCUACAUGGCCCCUGAGGUCUGGGAAGGACACUACACUGCCAAGGCAGAUAUCUUUGCCUUGGGAAUUAUCAUCUGGGCAAUGCUGGAAAGAAUCACAUUCAUAGACACCGAAACGAAGAAGGAACUCCUGGGGAGUUACGUGAAGCAAGGCACUGCCAUCAUCCCUGUGGGAGAGGCACUGCUGGAAAACCCCAAGAUGGAGUUGCUCAUCCCUGUGAAGAAGAAAUCCAUGAACGCUCGGAUGAAGCAGCUGAUCAAGGAGAUGCUGGCAGCAAAUCCCCAGGACCGGCCGGACGCGUUCGAGCUGGAGCUGAGACUGGUCAACAUAGCCUUUAAGGACAGCAGCUGGGACACGUGA